AUUUUUUCUUUCCCCGGGGCAUCCAUUGAUUUGCAUUCCUUUCAGCGUGGUAUAAAAUUCUUUAUGCAGGGAGCUUGUUUCAGAUAUAUCAUUCAUCACACACAAUAUUAUCCGUUUUGUUCGUGCUCUGGUGUGAUGCACCUCGGAAUGAUUACUUAUUUUAAAAAUCUUCACAAUCUUAUCACCAAACAUGCAACUUUGCUGUGAUAGAUUAUGUACCUAUCUCAAAGUUUCAAGCAUCUCUGCAACCGAUGACGCCGAAAGGUAAUAACUGCAUUCAACCAUCAAAUUAAGCAUGUGGUGCUUUAUGAAUGAUGUGAAGUACAAUGGUUAUAUGUGUGAUUUGGAGUAAUGGUCUAAAUUUAAAUUCUCCUUCAGUCACGUUGAUCUUGACGUCAGUGUGUGAGCGCACAAUGUUUGUCACUGCAGGCAUCUUGGACACAGGCCACAGUACCUGCCUCUGGAGAACGGUUUUGAUGAAUGGUUCGGUGCACCUAACUGCCACUUUGGCCCCUACAAUAACAGCAACAGACCCAACAUCCCUGUCUACAACAACACUGAGAUGGUUGGCAGAUACUACGAGGAGUUUAUGAUUGACAGGAAGACUGGAGAGUCCAACCUCACACACAUCUACCUGAUGGAAGGUCUUGACUUCAUAGAACGUCAGUCUCAGGCACGUCGGCCCUUCUUCCUCUACUGGGCACCCGACGCCACUCACGCCCCUGUCUAUGCCUCUAAGCAUUUCCUCGGGAAGAGCCAGCGAGGCCGGUAUGGUGAUGCAGUGAUGGAGCUAGACUACAGCAUCGGUCAGAUCCUGUCGUGGCUAAAGCUUCUGAGCAUAGACCAGAAUACCCUUGUCUUCUUCACCUCAGACAACGGAGCUGCUCUAACAUCAGGCCCAUAUGAAAGUGGCAGCAACGGGCCGUUCCUCUGCGGGAAGGAGACCACUUUUGAAGGGGGAAUGAGGGAGCCCGCCAUCGCCUGGUGGCCUGGACGCAUCAAAGAGGGCACGGUGAACUUCCAGUUGGCCAAUGUGAUGGACUUGUACGUGACCUGUCUAGCAUUGGCUGGCAUCAGCCCUCCUAGUGACAGAACCCUUGAUGGAAUAGACCUGACACCAGUCCUGCUAAAGCAGUUACACACACACCAAAACAGGCCAAUCUUCUAUUACCGUGGGGACGAGCUGAUGGCUGUGAGGCUCGGAGAAUACAAAGCUCACUACUGGACCUGGAGCAACUCGUGGCAGGAGUUUAAAAAAGGAAUCAACUUCUGUCCAGGUCAAGAGGUUCCAGGCGUGACUACACAUGACCAAAUAGAGCACACAAUGCAGCCACUUAUUUUCCACCUGGGGCAGGAUCCUGGGGAAAAGUUUCCCAUCAGCGUUCUGACUAAAGAGUAUCAGGAUGUGCUGAGCAGAAUCUCUCCCAUCGUGGAUCAGCAUAAGAAGACUCUGGUGCCCGGUGUUCCCCAGCUCAACAUGUGUGACGUGGCUGUGAUGAACUGGGCGCCUGCAGGUUGUGAGAAGUUGAGGAAGUGUCUCAAAGUGCCAAAGUCUCAGCCCUGGAAGUGUGACUGGCCACACUGAGAACAAAAAAUGAAGAAACAAAACCUGAAGAUGUGCCUUUCUACAUGAACUGCAAACUACCAUGUUUUUUUUUUUUUUUUUAAGAAUAUCUUUUUUCGGAUCUAUUUGUAAAAUGGUGUAUUUACAAUGUUUAAGAGAAGGAUGUGGGACCAAGGGAAAUAUGUUGCUAUAACAACAUACAUUGAUUAUAUAAAUAGAUUUUGCAGCUGUGAUUAAUGAGGCAACAGUUUCUGAAGAAAUGUUGCAAGAGCCACUUCGGACUAAUUUUAGUGAAGUAGAUCAGAUAGGGAAAUGUAUUUAUUUUAAACAUUAAAGUAAUGAAGUACUAUGCUGGAUUCUUUGAAUUAAAUUUGUAUCCUUACUGCAAAACAUGUGAUUUUUAAUAAAAACGUUAUUUUUAUUA